UGAGAAAUCACUGCUUAUAGCUUACAUUGCAAUGCAUGCAAUUAACGUGACCAUUUUUUUAUUUUCCGUGCCUCGAAUGAGGGAAAUUGUGUACAGACGGAUCAGCCUCACAAAGUCAAUACGAAUGAAGCAGAUGAUUGGUUGAAAAAUAUAACUUGUAACAGCAUGCUUCAUAUGGCAAAGGUUUUAGCGCUCAUGUGCCGUUAUCAAAUUCUAUUUUAUUGUUUGGAAAUAAGGCUAGCCUUAAGUAUAAAUAAAUAGUCAAAAUGUGUAUGCGGAUUGAUCCUCACAACUUUCAGAAGACAUCGCUGUGGUUCGGUCUCUGUCUCUCCUUCCCCUAUUGUAGUCCCUUCCCUACUUUCCCCUCUGCCCCCACUCCAACCUAUCUUGCGUUCCCUCUAUUCCUUAUUUUAACGCCCCUCCCCUGAUCUUUGCACGUGUGCUUUAGUUUUUUGGGUAUGAAAAGGGGAGAGCGUAAGAGCCUUGGUUUGCAUUUGAUCAUCGUCUAAUGAAGUAUUUACGAGUCAAAGAGUGUCCCAGGAAGGUUCUUCAGUGUUAGCAGCGACCAGUGACGAAGAUGACUGGGUUGAGCAGGCUUGAUGUGGACAAGUCUCUCUGGGAUCAGAGCACGUUCUUGGGCAGACUGAAACACUUCUUUUGGGUCACAGACCCUCGAACAUGCAUAGUUUCAGAAGAGAUGCUGGAUCAGGCUAAAGUUUUGAUAGAGCAGUACAGGCUGGGCAAGGAACCUCCAGGCACAACACAGGAGCAAAUCAUUUAUGCCAAGAAGUUGUACGAAAGUUCGUUCCAUCCGGACAGCGGCGAGAAGCAGAACGUGUUUGGCCGCAUGUCCUUCCAGGUGCCCGGAGGCAUGGCGGUAACUGGGGCUAUGCUGCAGUUUUACAGGACUUUGCCGGCAGUAGUGUUUUGGCAGUGGGUGAAUCAGUCAUUCAACGCACUCGUAAACUACACGAACCGGAAUGCCAAAUCUCCCACCACACCGGCUCAGCUGGGCCUGGCUUACGUAUCUGCAACUGCUGCUGCACUUGUUACUGCCAUGGGGUGCAAGUCCUACUGGCAGAGAACCGCUGGUCCCUUCCUUCAGCGCUAUGUUCCAUUUGCUGCGGUUGCAGCAGCUAAUUGUGUCAACAUUCCUUUGAUGCGACAAAAUGAAAUCCUGUAUGGUGUGGAUGUGUACGAUGAUAAUGGCAACAAAGUUGGACAAUCCAAAGUGGCGGCAGUGAAAGGAAUUUCUCAGGUGGUCCUGUGUCGUAUCAUCAUGUGUGCUCCAGGCAUGACUAUCCUCCCAAUCAUUAUGGUCAAAUUGGAAAGCUACAAUUGGAUGCAAAAAAUCAAGCCACUCCAUGCACCAAUUCAAGUGAUGCUUGUUGGCUGUUUCCUGCUAUUUAUGGUGCCUACUGCGUGUGCAUUAUUCCCACAACAAUGCAAGUUGAAGGUCGGCACAAUAGCAAUGCUGGAACCAAACCAAUACCAUAAAAUUGAAGAGAACUGUAAGGGACAAAUACCUACACACGUUUUCUUUAAUAAGGGUCUCUGAACAUCUGGAAGGGCCUUCAAGAACAUGACUUCCAUCGAAGGUGAAAAUUUUGAUUAUAUCCUUUUGGAGUCUCAUGAAGUUUAUGGGAUAUAAAAAAAAUGAUAUCUGUAAAUCAUGUUUAUUGUGAUUAGUGUGUAUAAUAUUGACGAUCUUUAAAGGUACGAAUAAAAAUAUUCUCAUAAA